CUCAGCAGAAAUCAACCAACUCAAUGCCGGGGUCUAUGAAUAUGGAAUUUAAGCAGGGGGGGACCUCCCUCAAGGUGGAUGGCAAAGUUUUGGUAGAGAAAGUGAUGGAACAAGGUGAAUCAGAGCUUGGUGAAACAAUUGAUACUACUAUUUACAAGAGCCGAGAACUUAAGAUGCAAAUUCACCAUUUCAACCAUCAUCAUCCUUUGAAUUUUCAUGAGGUACACAAGGAAGAUGAAAAUCUUGGCUGCAAGGCUUGCAAGCUGGAAAUUCAUGGUCCAGCCUAUAUCUGUAAAGAAUGCGGAUAUUACCUACACAAAGCAUGCACUGAAUUGCCCAAUGAGGUGGUACAUCCUCUUCAUCACCAGCAUCCUCUAAACCUUCUUACUAGAUCUCCUAAUACCAGGCCCUUUAUAUGUGAUGAAUGUGGGGACAUUUCAGAUGGUUUUCUUUACUUCUGCUUUGAGUGCCAGUUCAAGGUUGAUGUGGAAUGUGCAGGACUGAGUGCUCUUAGAAAUCAAGGCCAAGGAUUUCCUGAAAAGAUGCAACACCCCUUUCAUCCGCUACACCCGCUUAUGGCAAAAAUGUUCCUUACAGAAAGUUGCCAUGCCUUUGAUUUCCGAUUCGUUGGCAUCAGCUAUAGUUGUUUGGAGUGUGACUUACAUCUCCAUCCUACAUGCCUUAAUUCCAUGAGGCGGGCUCCAAAAUUUAAACUUCGAACAUGCAAACUUGAUUUUUUCUAUUUUGGGAUAGGUUGCCAAAUGCUCUUCAAUGGAUAUACAUGUCUUAGAUGUGAUGAAAUUUGUGCUGGACCUUCUGUUUCUGCAUUGAGGCUAAUAUAAGCCUUCAUUUGGAAUGUUUGCCAAUAACACAAAUGGUUAAAUCUACACAUCACAGUUAUCCACUUACUCUUAAGAAUUCAUUUGUUGAGGAUGAUACAGGAGAGUAUUAUUGUGAUAUUUGUGAAGAAGAAAGAUUUACAAAAUAUCACAUCUAUUAUUGUGAAGAAUGUCAGGGCAUGUUCGU